CACCAUGGGGGUAACAUGGUGCCACUCCACUUGUUUGUUGCAGGCUCCAGCCGUGCGGCUGCAGGGACGCUAACCGGGCUGCUCGGGUCACCCGCGGCCUGGGAGCAGCAGCGAGCAGCAGAAGAGCCCCUGGAGCACGACCCACCCACGGCCACCGUGUAUGAGGCUGGGACGCAGUACGCAGGACCUGCGUCCGCAGAGCCACCCCUUCCGAUGUCCCGGCAUGAGACUUCUCCGACAACGGUGCAACCCGCCAGCAACCACCGCCCCAACGCCUGCUGCUUCUGCUGGUGCUGCUGCUGCAGUUGCUCAUGGAACGAGGACCGGGAGCGAGCGUGGAGGGCGUCCCGGGAGACCAAACUGGAGACCAUCCCAAACUGUGAAGCGUGCUCCAAACCCACCACGGAGGAGGUGCGGGGCUGGGCACAGUCCUUUGACAAGCUGAUGAAGAGCCCAGCUGGUCGCAACGUCUUCCGGGAGUUCUUGAGGACUGAGUACAGUGAGGAGAACAUGCUCUUCUGGCUGGCGUGCGAGGAGCUCAAAACGGAGUGCAACAAACACACCAUCGAUGAGAAGGCCAGGACCAUCUAUGAGGACUACAUCUCCAUCCUCUCGCCCAAGGAGGUGAGCCUGGACUCGCGGGUGCGGGAGGUGAUCAACAGGAAGAUGCAGGAGCCGUCCUCGCACACGUUCGACGACGCUCAGCUCCAGAUCUACACGCUGAUGCACAGAGACUCCUACCCUCGCUUCCUGAACUCUGCUAUAUACAAAUCGCUGCUCCAGAACGUCUCCCGUUCCUCCUCGGAGUCCUAAAGGCCGUGGGGGCAGCGGCGGGGACGCGGCACC